AUGACGUCUUACCUACGGCCCCUGUUUCCGUGCAGCGGAUUGGUCGAGCAGCGGGUGUCCCGUCCUGAGCAAGUAAACGAGCCGGACAGAAGAUGGUGGAAACUGCAAAACCAAAGCGCAACAGGACAAAGAGAGCAGCGAAAGAAGAGGAAACCACGAACGCAGCCUCGUCCGGCCACGUACCACACUUUCCCUGAUCCUGCCCAUGUUGUGCUGCUGCGCUCUCAGCUCCUCAGCUGGUACGACAGGGAGCAGAGAGAGCUGCCAUGGAGGACUCUGGCUGUGACAGAACCAGACCUCAACAUCAGGACAUAUGCAGUGUUGGUUUCAGAAAUCAUGCUGCAACAGACUCAAGUUGCCACGGUAAUAGACUACUACAACAGAUGGAUGAAGCGGUGGCCCACAGUGGAGGCUCUUGCAGCUGCUACACUUGAGGAGGUGAACCAGAUGUGGGCGGGGCUUGGCUAUUAUUCCCGAGGGAAAAGACUGCAUGAGGGAGCUCAGAAGGUCGUGACAGAGCUGAAGGGACAGAUGCCUCGGACGGUCGACAGCCUGCUCAAACAGUUACCUGGUGUUGGACGCUACACUGCUGCAGCUGUAGGCUCUAUUGCACUGGGCCAGGUUACCGGAGCCGUGGAUGGCAAUGUGAUUCGGGUGCUGUGUCGCCUGCGGGCCAUCGGAGCUGACAGCACAAGCCCUGCAGUGACAGAGGCACUUUGGGGUCUAGCCAAUACACUGGUGGACCCAGAGAGACCCGGGGACUUUAACCAGGCCAUGAUGGAGCUGGGAGCGCGGGUCUGCACCCCUAAAGGACCACUGUGUAGUCAGUGUCCUGUACAGUCUCACUGCCACUCUUAUCGCAAGGUCCACGACAAACGAGAGCAAAACUCCAAGAAGCUUUUGGGGAAACUGGAGAGAAAGACUUCAGCCCUGCCUGAUAUAGAAGACUGUGCAGCCAGUGGGACGUGUCUGCUGUGUCCCUCGGAGCCCUGGGACGACGAGCUGGGCGUUCAGAAUUUCCCAAGAAAGCCGGCGAAGAAGCCGCCCCGAGUGGAGCGAACUCUGACCUGUGUGGUGGUCAGACCUGGAGAGGAGGGAGAAGACGAGUACCUGCUCACACAGAGGCCAAACAAAGGUUUGUUGGCGGGCUUGUGGGAGUUUCCGAGUGUCCUGCUGGAGGAGGAGAGCUCUGAGAUGAAACAGAAGAGGGCGCUGUGUGCUGAGAUCAGCGGGACACUGGGAACUCACCUGACUGAGAGCCUCUUCCAGUCUGUCGGAGAGGUGGUUCACAUCUUCUCCCACAUCCACCAGACUUAUGUGGUUCACAGUAUGCGUCUGAAGGACGGUGACAUACAAGCGCAGAGUGAAAACGCACAGUGGCUCAGCAGAUCUGCUCUGCAGGAAGCUGCUGUGUCCACAGGAGUGAAAAAGAUUUUGAAGCUUUAUGAUUCUGCGGACAGUCAAAAAGAACAGCUCUCUAAGGAUGGAAAGAAGCGAAACAUCGCCGACAAGAAACUACAGACCUCAAAAAAACCCAAACUGGGUGCAGCGAGCAGCGGAGGCAGGCAGCUCUCCCUCAGCUCCUUCUUCAAGACAGUCAAACAGGAAUCUUGAUGGAAUUAUGUGUGAGAAUCCCACAUGGUGCCUCUCCAUGUGCAUGAGCACCCUGUGUCCACAUUAAGGUAUUCUGUUGGUGCCGUGGUCCCAUCACUUGGACUUAAUACAAAAUGCCAUUUAAUUGUUUUUAAGCAACCAGUUUUUAAAUUGAUAUGAAAUGAAAAAAAAAUCAAUACAUUGCUCAUGUGAUAUUCCUGUAAGACUUGUAGUGUGCUCUGAUUUUUAAUGACCUCAUGGCAGAUAAUGUUUUUAUCGCUGUAUUACGACUUUUGGACUUUUGCUAUUUCAUCUAUGCGAUAUCAUAAAAUUAACAAUAAAACAAACAACAAUAAAACUGUAAUUUUAACAGUGAAAACAAGAGUGUAAUUUUGGAUAACAGAACCCAGUUCAGACACAGACUCAAGACGAACAUGAUGGUCAUGAUGAUGAGGUCAUUAAAACAAUAAAGAGAUCCAGUUAAGGCCUGAAGAGAAUAUAUUGUAGCUCAAAUCAGAAAAACUGACAGUGAGUCGUUUUACACAAACUCGAUGUGAUAUUUUACUGUUGCUGCACUGAUGACAUUGUAUUGUACUGGGUAUAUGUGUACACUAAGAGAAUAUAGAAACAUUGAGCUAAACAGGAAAACAUCGAUCUGACUGUUUGGUGUUCUGUGUCACUCAUCAGCUGUAAGACCUGAGAAAGCUGCAUGGACAUUGUCCUCAGUCAAUCAUUAACACUGAUGAUUACCACCAGCCUUGAACUAACAGAGCACUGCUUUAAGUAAUACUCAGGUGGAGGAAGUACUCAGAUCUUUAAUACUACACUGCAAAAAUACUCCAUUAAUAGUAAAGGUCCUGCACUGAAGAUGUUACUUACUUUUUUUUUUUUUUUACGUUUUACUUAAUUGCAGAA